GCCUCCAAAGAGGGAGGUUGUUAUUGCAUCUAAUUCUAAGAACUCGCGUUAUCCCGCCAUAAUCUUUCAUCUAAGCGUUCCUAUCGUUACACGGGUGCUUUCAAAUUUAACGAUAAACAGAAAAUAGAUAAUAAUAAUGUCGUGGUAUCGUUAGAAAGAAAAAUAUUUUCGUUAUGUAAACGUGGUUAAACCGUGAAUAAAGUUUGUGGUGUACCGAUCGAACGGAUGUGACGACAAACAUUACGUCUCUUUGUUAUAUUUAGUUGUGCCUGUACUCUCUUUUCUAAGUUUUACCAACUUAAGAUAAAAAUAACAAAUAUAAUAAUAAUAAUAAUAAUAGUAAUAAUAAUAAUAGUAAUAAUAAUAAAAGAAUAAAGAGAGCAAUAUUAGACGGUGCUUAAAGGUGUUACUUAAUAUGGUAACGGUGAAGAUAAGAAGAAACCGGAAGUAAUAAUACAAAGCAAAUUGAAGAAGAGCAUUCAUCGAAAAGAUCAUUUAAAGUGUUUUCUUGUUAUAUUGUCAUCUGUCAAAGAAUAAUCCUGUCGACAGGAAAUACUAUUUUUGUUUUAAUGUCUACCCGUAGAGAAUAUGAGGGAACAAUCCGACAGAUAGCCUUAGACAGAGUAAACGAGGCAAGAGCUUUGGUCGUUAUAGAAAGAAGAAAGAAAAGCGUGAAUUCCUUUGUCCUCGAAGGUACUACCGAAGGUAGUACCGAAGGUAGUACCGAAGGCAGCAGUACCGAAGGUAGUACCAAAGGCAAUACCGAAGACGUCCAAGAGAAAGGAAUAAAGGAAAAGAGUGGGGAUACGAACGAACCACGCGUUUGAAUUUUCAUCUCUCUCUUUCAUCUAACAGGUAUAAUAUACCUUGGGUAUUCUAGUGUAUAGGUUUUACCUGUGCCAACGUUCAAGAUUCUGUGUUUCCAACCUAAGAAAAGAAAGAGGGAGAGAGAGAGAGAGAGAGAAAGAAGAGAAAAAAGGAUAGACAAACAUAUAUACGCGUGUUUUUCAUUAUACGUUGGUUAUUAUAGUGUUCGUUAGAACAUUAUCGAUCUUAAAAGCUCGAUAUAUCGCGUGUCGUAGAUAAUUCAUUAAUUACCUCGAAAAAUAACUUCAAAAGUGAUAUCUCUCUUAAGUUCUUUUUUUUAUUUCUCUUUCGAAAACGUGCGUUGGUUCGUUUUAAAUGGAGAUCGUUUAAGAGAAAACAGAAACAAUAAAGUACAAGACAGAUGAUUCUUUUUCGUUUAGUUUUUUAAUUCGUCGAUGUAAGAUUGUUCUUCGAUUAAUUCGAGUGAAUUCGAGAAGAUUUGAGGUGAUAUAUAUUUUUGUUUUAUUUUUCGUUAUUUACGAUAUAUCCCUACACAUACUACACGUUUGAUAAUACGAAAGAAAAAAAAAGAAAAAGUAAAUAUCUCGAAUAAAAUCUGUGGAAGUUGAUUUGGAAAAAAUGCAGAGACGAAGGUUACCGGAUACGAUGUCGUUCCUGGUGAGGGCAGCUGUUCUAGCAGCUGUCCUGGUACAAAUUCUACCUAGCGGCUUGGCCAGCAGGCUUUUAGCUGCUGCUCAUCCUGGCCAUGCUUAUUUUGAACAACCUUGCUGUGGACGAUCUCACCUGAGGCAUCAUAAAGAACACGUACGGGAAUUCAGCUGCGGUAUGCUCUACUACAGGACACUCUACCUUGAUAGUAAAAGGGACGCCCUUUACGUCGGUGCGAUGGACAAAAUCUUCAGAUUGAAUUUAAGUAACAUCAGCCAUUCGAAUUGCGAGAGAGAUGCCCUCAAUUUAGAACCAAGUAAUGUUGCUAAUUGUGUGUCAAAGGGUAAAUCCGAACAUUUCGACUGUCGUAACCAUAUAAGAGUGAUACAACCUAUGGGAGAUGGCAAUCGACUCUAUACGUGCGGCACGAAUGCACACUCGCCAAAGGAUUGGGUGAUUUAUAGCAAUCUAACGCAUUUACCACGACACGAGUUCGUUCCCGGGGUUGGGAUGGGUAUAGCAAAGUGCCCUUACGAUCCUGCUGACAAUUCAACGGCAGUUUGGGUAGAAAAGGGCAAUCCCGGUGAAUUGCCGGCUCUUUAUUCCGGCACAAAUGCCGAAUUCACUAAAGCCGAUACCGUCAUCUUUCGUACGGAUCUUUACAAUUUGACGACCGGACGAAAAGCCUUCAGCUUCAAGAGGACCCUAAAAUAUGACUCCAAAUGGCUCGACAAACCAAACUUCGUUGGGUCGUACGACAUCGGCAGCUACGUGUUCUUCUUUUUCCGCGAGACUGCGGUAGAGUACAUAAAUUGUGGUAAAAGCGUGUAUUCACGCGUGGCCAGAGUUUGUAAAAGAGACACCGGUGGAAAAAAGAUACUGUCCCAGAAUUGGGUGACUUAUCUAAAAGCCAGAUUGAACUGCUCAAUACCAGGCGAAUUUCCGUUCUAUUUUAACGAGAUUCAGAGCAUCUACAAAGUACCAGGCGACGAUACGCAUUUUUAUGGAACGUUCACGACCUCGACAAACGGUCUGAUGGGUUCAGCAAUUUGUUCCUUUCACAUCGAUUCAAUACAGGAAGCUUUCCGUGGGAAAUUUAAAGAACAGGCUACGAGUAGCAGCGCAUGGUUGCCAGUAUUAUCAAAUAAAGUACCAGAACCACGUCCAGGACAGUGUGUGAACGAUACAGAAUCCUUACCGGAUACCGUCCUCAAUUUUAUAAGAUCUCAUCCAUUGAUGGACUCUGCUAUUUCCCAUGAGAACGAAAAACCGGUCUUUUACAAGCGUGACGUCAUGCUAACGCGACUAGUCGUCGAUAAACUUCGUAUUGACUUUGUCGGCAUUGAUUUGGAUUACACGGUCUACUACGCUGGAUCCAGUGACGGUCGGGUUCAUAAGGUCGUUCAAUGGAUCGACAACAACGGUGAGUCACAAUCGAUUCUCUUGGAUGUGUUCGAUGUUACCCCAGGAGAACCGAUUCAGGCGAUGGAAAUUUCUAAAGAACAUAAAGCACUUUACGUCGCAUCGGAUCAUCGAAUAAAGCAGAUCGAUCUUGUAAUGUGUACACGACGAUACGACAAUUGCUUGCGCUGCGUUCACGAUCCCUAUUGCGGUUGGGACAAGGACAGCAAUACCUGCAAGCCCUACGAACCAGGAUUACUCCAAGACGUAUCGAACACCACGGCUGACGUAUGCGAUAGUAGCGUUGGUAAACGAAAGCUCGUAGUUACGUGGGGUCAAUCAGUCCAUCUCGGUUGUUUCGUUAAAAUGCCAGAAGUUUUGGCUAAUCAGGAAGUAAGAUGGUACCAUUAUAGUAAAGAAAAGGGCCGCUAUCAGAUAGCUUACAAGUACGGUGUCGGUGGUGACAAGUUCAUUGAGACUUCGGAGAAAGGUUUGGUUAUCGUUGGUGUGAACGAGCAGGAUGCUGGUAGAUACGAUUGUUGGCUUGGUGGUGCACUACUUUGCUCAUACAAUAUUACCGUAGACGCUCACAGAUGUUCAGCACCGGCCAAGUCUAACGAUUAUCAGAAGAUUUAUUCUAACUGGUGUCACGAGUUCGAAAAAUACAAGACAGCAAUGAAGAGUUGGGAACGAAGACAAGCGCAAUGCGUUUCAUGCCAGAACGAUAGCAAUCAGAAUCUUCAUACGAACGAAGUAUACGGAACACCUUUGGUCUGAUAGACCAGUUCGUUUGAGGAGCCCACAUCGAGCCGAGAUUACGAAUAUCAGAGCGUGCUGACGAUGACACGAGAUGAGGGGGGUCGCAUUGGUCCAGCGACUAAUAACAACACGGGAACGAGAGGAAGUGGCAACAGCAACACAACUAACAUCAGCAUCUGUAGUUUCGUUCUUAGCUUGCUACUGAUCCUCGGAAAUUAUCGAUUUAUUGAGUUUCUUCGUUUAGGUGAAGAUACUUGAUUGUCGAACAUAUAAAUACUCCGAUAUACACGCGCGCGCAAUAAGAAGAGAAAAAGGGUGGGAGGAAGGGAAGGAGAGAGAGAGAAAGAGAGAGAUAGAGAUAAAGAAUCCUUUUAACUUUAUUCCUUUCUCUUUUUUUCUAUCUGCGUAAACUAACUCGAAAAUCGUUAACAUUUUUCCUUCUUUUUUUCUCUCUUUACCACAUUAUUAUUAAAAUUAUUAUAAGUAUUAUUAUUAUUAUUAUUUUUAUUUUUAAUACUAUUAUUAUUAUUAUUAACAGUUCGAUUCGAUGUGCCCGUAAUUUUUUUCCCUCUCGUUUCGCAAUAUGCGAUCGCGCGUUAUUAUGUACAUACGUAUACAUGUGUCCACCUUUAAUACAUAUAUAUGUAAGCAUAUAUAUAUACAUAUUCGCGAAUGAAAUAUAUUUCACGACGAUCGAUGAUAUAGGCCGUAAUGAAUCUCUCGUUCCUCUUCGCGACAAUUUUUGUAAUCGCUUCGCUGUAAAUAGAUACACACCACCAACCCCUCAACACACCCUACACACUCAUACAUAUUACAUAUACAUGGCAUAGAGCAAGUAUAUAUAUAUAGUAAAAAAUAUAAAAUAAAAAAGAGAGGGAGACACUCGCGUACUUAUUAAACGUAUUAUAUAUAUACACAUACACAUAGGUGUGUAUAUAUAUAUAUAUACGUUAGGAAAAAAAUAUGACACGGACAAAUGGGAGGAGGGCUCGCGCCUAGACGAUUUGAAUUGGAUUAUUUAUUGGAAUGAUCUCUCUUGUAAUGAUGUUUGAUUAAUAAAAGCUAAAGAAAAGUAGUAAGGAGAAAUUUACGACGAUCUGGUAACCUCGUACGAAAAGAAAAAAUGAAAAAAAAAGAAAAAAAAACGAAUAAUUCUUAUUGGGGACAAAAAUUUUGUCAAUCUGUGAUAUACUCGAAAGAAAAAACAUUUGUGGGGCAAAAAAAAAAACAAAAUGGAUCUAUGCUAUAAAUUUUUUUUUUUGUAUUUUCCAUUGUCGUUCACAAAAAUAAGUAUGUAAGUAAAAGAGAGACAAAAAAGGUGGUCCAUGCAGUUUCUUAUCGUCACGGUGCUAUAAAAAAUAAAAAAAAAAAAGAAACUAAUCGCUAGAAAAAGGUCACUCCUAUAAUCGGAAGUGUAACUUUUCUUUCAGCUGCCUUCUUUUUACCAACCCUUUCCUUCCUAGGUUCGAGGUAUUUACCUUCCUCCCUGCCUCCCUCCCUCCCUCCCUCCUACUCUUCCUUCUUGUUCCAAGCAAGCUCCAUACUUGAAAAGAAGAAAGAAAAUCGCGUACGCGUAAGUUAUGUAAAUAUAGGACAAAAAAAUUUAUGAAACGCGAAUGUGAACGUUUUACGUAGGUUUUAAAAAAUGAAGCAACAACAACAACAACAAAAUAAAAAUAAAAAUAAUAAUAAUAAAAUGUAGAUUUUAUGACGUAAAAUACGGGAACGCUUCUUGCUUAGUAAUUAAAAUGUUUCUCUCUAUUGCAUUAUUUGUUUCCUUAGCCUAUUGUUUAUUUUCUUAUUUUAUAUUAUUUUAUAUUAUUUUCUUGUAAUUUCAAUUGCGUACUUUUUGAUAUGUAUUAAUUUUUAAAUGUAUUAUUAUUAUUAUUAUUAAUAGCAGAAAAUAUUUCGAUCGUUUAGAAAAAAUAGUACCUUCUAUAUUUAUAUCAUAAUGAAUGGAACGCAGUUUUAUGAAAUCGGCUAAUAAAACUUGAAAAAAAUAGAAAAAAAAGCCAAACACGUUUUAUCUCUGAUUAAAAUGCAUCGUAAAGUAGUAGAUUAUUUUUUAAAUUAUCUAAUGUCUAAUAUUCUUGAACGUAUAUUUUUUUUUUCUCUUGUAUUUUCCUCGAGGACGAUUAUUGAACUUGAGAUGAAAAAAAAUAAAAAGAAAAUGAUCGAUAACAGGGAGGUCAUGACACCUUUCUCUUCUAUAAAUUUCGAUUUUUCUCGUAAAAAUAAAUUCUGCAAAAAACAAAGCUAUAUUUUAUCUUUAAUUUACAUUUCUACUCGGGAGGUUCCAAUAAAACUAAAGUGAACAUUAUUUGUAUUUACGUUGAGAGAUUAAGAAAAAAAGAAAAAGUAGAAUCAUUCUCGUUUUUUUUUUUUUUGGUAUAAUUUAUUUCUUGCGUUUUUAUUAUUAUUUAAAAAAAAAAAGAAAAGAAGAAGACGAUAGAUCGAACGUACGUUUCAAUCAUUGUCGUAAUCUAUCUCUCAUUUCCCUAUUUUCUUUCGUUUUCUUUCCCUUUUCUUUAUAUAUAUAUAUUAAAUCCCUUGUACAGAGGUCAUCGAAGCACUGCCAUUCAGGUUCGAUGACUUACCUUUUGUACCUAUCAGACUCGUCGUAUGAAUGCUGAGUAUGAUUUAAAAAGAAAAAAAAAGAAAAAAAAAGAAAAAAAAAUAAGAAAAAAUAAAAUAUAUAGAUCGUAUCUAAGAAUCAAUCGAAAGGAUCGAUUCGUUUAGAAAAUUUUUCGAUUCCAAAAAGAAUAAAAAGAAAGGAAAGAAAACGAUAAAAUCGCAAAUACAUGUUUUAUGAAAGAAUGUGUGCGGCGCUCUUGUGUUUCAAAAAAGUGUACGGUAAAAAUCGUAGAAACGUAAGAAUUAAAAUACAAUAAUUGAUAAUCUAAUCUUCGAAGUAUGUACUUAUUAUGAGCUUCAAGUAUUGAAUAGUAUUAUGACUUAAGGUUUAAGGGUAAUUUUUCGAAGUGAGUAUGAGAAAGUUUUUGAAAGAAAGAGAGAAAGAAUAUCACGCUAACGGAAGACGAACAAUCUUGCCACGAUUAAAUUGAGUGUUCGAUGAUACUAUUCGAGAUGAUCGAAAUGUAAAAAAAAAUUCUUUACGAUUAUUGUGAAAAAGAAAAA